GAUUUAUCAUUUGUGAUUGAUUUAAUGAAAUUUAAUUUUAACGUGCGUAAUUUUAUUCCAAACAUAUGCGACGCAACGUUUAAUUUAUCCGCAUUUCAAAUCAUUCCGUUAUGAUCCGAUUUAAUGCGGCGAGAUGAGUUUUAUAGCCAGUGGCUAUUUUGGAACUCGUUAUGUUGUGACGUGAUGUAAGUUAAUUUUCGGGACUUAAAUUAUCGCAAACAUUAUAAAAAUGUAUCCAGUUGAUCUAACAAAGACGAUUCCACCGGCGAUUGCCGAUAAGAAGGUAUUCCUGAGCGACGCCGAUCUUGACAAGAUCGCCCUGUUCCUCGUUGGUAAUCAGCAACGCUUCAGAGAAAACAUUAUAAUCCCCAGAAUGCUGGGACCUGUACAGAUAAAGACCAUCGAGGAGAAGAGAAUAGAUAGCGUGAUGGAAAGCUGUGCUUUUAAGAGCAUUAUGAGUUGUGUUUUAGGAUAUGGUUUGGGAGCAGCUAUUGGAUUAUUUUCUUCCAGUGUGAAUCCCAAUGUAGCGAGCGUUGAGAGGCAACAGAGCGCACGAGAAAUAUUAAAGGAAAUGAAAAUCACAACCCUUAGCUAUGCGAAGAACUUCGCGGUUGUCGGAUGCAUAUUCUCUGCUAUCGAGUGUACAAUAGAAUCGUACAGAGGUAAAACUGACUGGAAAAAUGGCACAUAUGCAGGUGGUUUGACGGGCGGAUUAAUUGGCUUAAGAGCCGGUAUAAAAGCGGGCAUAGUCGGUGCCGCAGGCUUUGCAGCAUUCUCAACGGCGAUAGACUAUUACAUGCAUAGAUCUUAGACUGCAUAGC